ACAUCUUCCUACCAGUGCUAUUUCUUAUUGUUACUUUUCACAGAUUCUAAGGUUCUGGAAGGUAUGAAUGCUACUCCCCAAUAUAUCUACCUUUCCAAGGCAGAUAUGUAAUAGUAUUUCAGCAUGCAAAACUGUAGAAAGGACUCAACAAAGAAAGCUUGAAGAAGAACUCUUGGCAGCAGCGAGAGAAGGCAGAACAGCAGAACUCAUAGCUCUGCUCAACAGGCCCAAUCCUCCUGAUGUUAAUUGUUCGGAUCAGUUAGGAAAUACACCCUUGCAUUGUGCAGCUUACCGGGCUCAUAAGCAGUGUGCCUUAAAGCUUCUGAAAAGUGGAGCAGACCCAAAUCUGAAGAACAAAAAUGAUCAGUUUUCCAUUAUACAUGCUGGAAGAUGACUGCCCUGAACUCCAUUCGG